GAUCCAAUGUCAGUGAAAUAGGGCUCUUUGGCCUUUGGCUGGCCUUCGAUUGCCGUGGUCCAAGGAGGUUGAGAAAGGCACUGGAAACGAGGAAGAACACGAAAGAGAAGAAGAAGGCGUAGGACGAGUUUUCGGGAACCAGCUGACAGAAAAAGAUACCAAGAUUAGUGUCUCACUGGAAUGGAUCUUGAGAUUGGAGGACGUGAUCCUCGUGCUUGGGAACACGAUCAGAUUGGUUAACAUACGUGUGAGUCAAAUCAUCUUGUGCCAUGCUCGCCUAAAGCCGAAGAAGGUCGUUGAAGUCGUCGUUUUAGUUCGUCCAACCAAUUGAUCCCAAAAUGUCGUCGGUGAAGGUCGCGGUUCGAGUUCGACCUUUCAACAAUCGGGAACUUGCUCGGGAUUGCUCUUGCAUCAUCGACAUGAGUGAUGCCACAACAGUUAUAACCAAUCCCAAACUUCCACCUGGUUCCAAAGAUGCUCCCAAGUCGUUCAAUUUUGACUUUUCGUAUUGGUCCCAUGAGCCCUCUGGUCCUGGAUUUCAUGGCCAGGAGAAUGUUUACGGAGAUUUGGGGGAAGAGAUGUUGGACCACGCUUUCGAAGGAUAUAAUGUGUGUAUCAUCGCUUACGGUCAAACUGGCGCCGGAAAGUCGUAUACCAUGAUGGGCAAGCAGGAUGCGGAUGAAGGAAUCAUUCCCAGGCUCUGCAAGGAUCUCUUCAUGAAGAUUAACCGGGAUGAUUGUUUGGACACUAAAUACUCAGUAGAAGUGAGCUACAUGGAAAUUUACUGUGAAAGAGUGCGAGAUCUCUUAAAUCCCAACAACAAAGGCAAUCUGAGGGUGCGAGAACAUCCUCUGUUAGGUCCAUAUGUUGAAGAUCUCUCCAAGUUGGCCGUGACCUCCUACCCGGAUAUCCAUGAACUGAUGGAAGAGGGGAACAAAGCUAGAACUGUGGCGGCCACCAAUAUGAAUGAGACCUCGUCAAGGUCCCACGCCGUCUUUACCAUCAUUUUCACUCAACACAAGCACGAUGAGGCUUCAGGUCUGACUGCGGAAAAGGUUAGUAAGAUCUCUCUUGUGGAUUUGGCCGGUUCCGAAAGAGCGGAAUCGACGGGUGCCAAAGGAACUAGAUUGAAAGAGGGAGCGAACAUCAACAAAAGUCUAACUACCCUGGGGAAAGUCAUCUCAGCAUUGGCAGAAUCCGCUUCAUCUGGAGUGAAAAAGAAGAAAAAGAAUGACUUUAUUCCUUACCGAGACUCCGUUUUGACGUGGUUGCUACGGGAGAACUUGGGUGGGAACUCAAAAACGGCGAUGGUGGCUGCAAUAUCUCCAGCAGAUAUCAAUUACGAUGAAACUCUGUCAACGUUAAGGUAUGCCGAUCGAGCGAAGCAAAUUGUUUGCAAAGCUAUUGUCAACGAGGAUGCCAAUGCCAAACUCAUCCGUGAACUCAAGGAGGAAAUUGAGCGUCUCCGCGAUCUUCUCAAAGCCGAGGGAAUCGAGGUGGAGGAAGGGCCUGGUGGGAGAGUAAUAUACACAAAGCAGAGAGCCACCGGAGGCGAGGUCAGGAUCUCUUGCAGCGAAUCCAAGCCUGGAGGACCGACCUCCACCAUUGCUGAAGAGGCCGUGGAUAAGCUUCAGGAGAAUGAGAAACUCGUGGCAGAAUUGAACGAGACCUGGGAGGAGAAGCUGCGUCGUACCGAAUCCAUUCGCCACCAACGAGAGGCGGUCUUUGCCGAAAUGGGCGUGGCCAUGAAGGAGGACGGUCAAACCGUGGGGUUCUUCUCGCCCAAAAAGACGCCUCAUUUGAUCAAUCUCAACGAGGACGUGUCUCUGUCGGAAUGCUUGCUGUACUACAUCAAAGAAGGCAUCACCCGGAUUGGAUCCCCAGAGGCGAAUAUUCCCCAAGACAUUCAAUUGGUUGGAGCUCAUAUCUUGAGCGAGCAUUGUGUGUUUGAGAACACGGAGGGAACGGUCCGACUUCGACCCAUGAAGGACGCCGUUUGCUUCGUAAACGGGCGGAAAAUCGAAGACUCAGUGGUUCUUCGUACCGGAUGCCGAGUGAUCAUGGGCAAAAACCAUGUGUUCCGAUUCAACCAUCCUGAACAGGCAAGAGAAAUACGACCCGUAAACAGUCCGGAGGAUGUUGCGGAUAAUCCUAGUCUGGUUGAUUGGGACUUUGCCAAUGAGGAACUAAUGGCCAAGCAAGGGAUCGACUUGAAAGCGGAAAUGUCCAAAAAACUCAAAGAGUUGGAGGAGCAAUAUCUCAAAGAAAAAGAAGAGGCCAAUGAAGCGUUCCAACAAGAGCGCAAGAAAUACGAAGACCAAAUUGAAAGUCUGCAAAAACAAGUAAUGGAACAAAGCAUGACAAUGUCCAUGAUAAGCUCGAUGACUCCCGACGAUUUCCAAAACGAAGAAGACGUUUUUGUGAAUCCCAUAUUCGAAGCAGAAUGCAAUUGGAACGAAAGGGAAUACGAGUUGGCCGCUUGGGGUUUCACCAAAUGGCGUCAACACCAAUUCACUUCGCUCCGAGACGACUUGUGGGGUAAUGCAGUGUUCCUGAAAGAAUCCAAUGCCAUCUCCGUGGAGUUGAAAAAGCGGGUUCAAUUCCAGUUUGUCCUCCUAACCGAAACGCUUUAUUCGCCACUUCCUUCUGAUUUGAUCACCGUAAGAGACCCAGAUGAUGACGAUGACUCUCCAGAUCCCAGAACAAUCGUUGCGGUUGAGGUUUUGGAUACCAAAAAUGGUGCCACUCAUUAUUGGAGUCUGGAUAAACUUCGACAACGUCUCGAACUUAUGCGACACUUGUACAACGAGGACUUUGAUCAUCCCUCCUCUCAUGCUUCUGCUCGGAUCACGAGUGUUGAGGACAAACUUGGUGCCAAAGCAGGCGAGGAUCUGUUCCAAAGUCUGGCCACGGUGUCUGGACCGGCCUUGCCCCUUGCACCUAGGUUCGUCUACUUGUCUGCUAACAUGCAAAGAUUGGAGCUAAUGCGUGAAAUGUAUCAAAACGAAGCUGAAACAUCUCCGUCCUCACCAAACCACGACAAAGAGGUUAACACUGGCGGUGAUCCAUUCUACGACAGGUUUCCUUGGUUUCGGCUGGUUGGACGAGCCUAUGUCUAUCUGUCCAACUUGAUGUACCCUGUUCCCUUGAUUCAUCGGAUUGCUGUGGUCAACGAAAAGGGCGAUGUCAAGGGCUACCUCAGGGUCGCGGUUCAAGCCAUUUUAGGGAAAGGAGAACGAGAUGAAGAAUUGGUUGACUAUCCAAUGGGUGUUCGACAAUCAGCCACCAUUUUAUUUCCAGAUUGUCUGGAAAAGAAAUUCAAUGAGAAAGAGCAAGAGAAAGACGUGGAUUCAACGCAUGGAGAGGACGAGAAGCAAGAGACAUUUGAUGAUCUCCCAGACCAUUUGAAGAUUGGUCAGGAGUUCACAAUGCGCGUGACGGUCCUUCAAGCUUAUGGAAUUUCCCCCGAAUACUCUGACAUCUUCACACAGUUCAAUUUCAUCAAUCGAGGUCAAGAGGCUUUCUCCACUGAACCCGUCAAGAACACUGGUCCUGGUCAACAAUUGAACUUUUAUCACGUACAAAAUAUUACUGUGCCUGUAACCAAAUCAUUUGUGGAAUACAUCAAGAAGCAGCCCAUGAUCUUCGAACUGUUCGGCCAUUAUCAACAGCAUCCUCUCCACAAAAUCUCCACCCAAGAAGGAAACACACCCUCUGUAUUGGGCAUGCAUGGAGGAUCCAGCAACACUUCAACAAGUUCGGCCUUUUCCUCCACCACCUCUCCACCUGGAUCAGCUUGUGCCACUGACCCGGGAGUGGCUCCACUUUUCCCAGUGCCAACUUCCACAGGGGCUGUUCCACACACCCACCGACCUGCCCCUAGACGAAUGUUGCCCGUGCCAUCGUUGCCCAUUUCCCAACCGGUGAGGAGCUCCAAAUCUUGCAUUGCCACGGGUGUCGUGGUCCAAGAAACUCCAGAGAGUCAUCCCUCCACAGCCGUACACGCCAAGUACGAUCUUCUGGUUUGGUUCGAAGUCUUAGAGCUUGCUUCAAGUGGUGAAUAUGUGCCGGUGUUGGUGGAUCACAGCGAGGAGCUGCCUUGUCGAGGACAGUAUUUUCUUCACCAUGGCUUGCAGAGAAGAAUCCGGAUAACGGUGGUCCACGAUGCCACCCACGAUCUCAAAUGGCGAGAUGUCCGUGAGCUUGUGGUGGGACGCAUUAGAGCCACUCCGGAAUCAGAUAUUGAUGAUGAUUUGGAUGGAAGUGUCCUGUCAUUGGGAUUGUUCUCCGGGGAGUACAUUACCACUCCAGGGGAUGACCGAACCAUGUUCCGCUUUGAGGCAGCUUGGGACUCGUCGCUACACAACUCUCUCUUACUCAAUCGGGUCACGCCCUCUGGAGAGACCAUUUACAUGACUAUAUCCGCAUAUCUCGAGCUGGAAAAUGCUGGUGGUCCGGCCAUAAUCACCAAAGACCUGGCAAUGAUUGUCUAUGGUCGGGAUGGUCGCCUCGGUCCAAGGAUCAAACACCUUUUCCAAGGCACCUUCCGCAAUCCUGAAGCUAAUAAACUCACCGGUGUAUAUGAGGUCAUCCUCAAAAAAGCCACUGAAGGCAGUCCUGGAUUGAAAAGGCGACAACGCAGGGUUCUCGACACCUCCACCACUUACGUUCGAGGGGAAGAAAACCUUCACGGAUGGAGUCCACAAGGGGAUAACCUUAUUUUUGAGCAUCAAUGGGAACUGGAGAAACUUCAGCGAAUGACAGAGACGGAGAAAACCCGACACUUUUUGCUCCUUCGCGAAAAACUGGGGAUCGACAAACCUCUCUCGUUUUCAAAUACGCCUCACAACUUGGACAAAUCUGAGAAGGAGGCAUGCAAUCUGGUGGCAAAGGCUAGUGGUGAAGGCCGCGCCAGUCCUCUGGUCAGGCCUCCUUCCUACGGCAAGGAUCCCUAUGAACCAUGGGAUAUGACACCCCGGGAACGAGAAAUCUCGCAAAAAUACCUUCGUCUCUUCACUUACCACAUCCACAAGGAGCUUACCACCAAGGGAUUGAAGCAUUUGGCUACAUCUGGAGCGGGAAUGGGUUCUUCCACUCUGCAAACCCCUGUAGACCAUCCUGACAUCAACGUAUCGAGCAAUGGCUUGGCCGACUUGAUGUCCCCCGAGCCCCAACGUCCAAGAUCAUUGCUAUUGGAAAACUUACCUGGUAUCUUGGGCAGGCUACCUGGAGCUGUUUCCCCGGGGAGCAGACCAGAAUACUCUCCAGGGAAGGUGAUCUUUGUACCGGAAGUGGAGGAGAUCAGAGUGUCCCCUAUUAUUUCCAAACGAGGUUCUCUGAACGUCUUGGAGCAAAAGAAUAAAGUGUGGAAAAAACGUUGGGUGAUUGUUCGACGUCCUUACGUGUUCCUGUUCCGUGAUGAACGAGAUCCUUGUGAGCGUGGCGUGAUUAACUUAGCCCAGGCUCACACGGAAUACUCUCAAGACCAACAAGCCCUGGUUAAGAACACUUUCAGUAUUGUGACCCAUAAUCAAGGUUUCUUGAUCCAAACCCUCAAUGACAAGGACCUCCAUGAUUGGCUUUACGCCAUCAACCCACUACUUGCCGGACAAAUCAAAUCCACGACUGCACGGAACCGCCCCAAAGUGGCCACCCCUGUGGGCGCCAUUGGAGGAGGAUGAGGAGGGGGUUUGUCCAAGGAAGGCGGAGCGUCUGGCUCUCCUCAAGGCGAAUGAGGCUUUUCUUCCUCUGGUCUCCUUCUCAAAUCAGCUGUUCUCAAUCGACUGAAGACCUGGUCCUCAACUUGGACUUCGGAAGACUUGUGAAGGCCAAUGGCGGUGCGAUAUUGUUUAUGUUGAAGUGCGAGACGACAAGCGCCACAAUUAUCAUUAGUUCAAUGUUUAACGCCAAGUGAUUAACAAUUCGUAGAGAAGAAACAAAACGGGCUCAUUGUUAAGUUUGUUGACGAGAUUCCAAUCAAUUCGACUACAAAACGGAGGCUAGAGGAAUGUUCGCAGCGUUUUUCACAUCCAAACCCACAUCAUCAGUUCCUUGAAGUCUGAGUGUUGCUUGUAAAAAAUAUUUAAUAAACAUUCAUGUUAUAACGUCCACGUC